GGCCGCUGAUCGCCGCGCUGCCCGCCCCCCCGGCACAGCGGGAGCCGCGGCGGCCGCAGCCGCGUUGCGGUGGAGAGGUGGGAGCCGUGUUUGGCAGCCGGGGAAGGAAACGUUAUAAAAGGGCUUUGUCUUGGAAAUCAGCAUCUCAUCUUGCGCGCUGCCGGAGGUGGGGAAAGCCACAUUUUCGGCUCGUUUGUUCCUUUCGCCGCCCCAGGCAUGUCUUGACAUAGCUGCGAGAGACUGCCGUUUUCGUACACUUCCGACGGAUGUCUUUGGCCGUGGCGAUAGCGUUUGGGCUUUGAGACUUGGUAGCGUAUAUCGGUGCGAGCGUGUGUGAAAUUCCCAUGAUCGCAGGCUGAAGGAGGAAGAACUGGAAGAAAGGAGCAGUUGUGUUGGUUUUUCUUCUUGCUGGCUCAGCCUUCCUGGAUGGUCGCAUUACUCUCUUGUGGACACAUUGUCAAGCGUAUACAGGGAAAGAGGCUUGAUUAUUUUUUCCCGUGAUUGGUUUUCGUCGUGAUCAUCGUGCAGAAAUAAUCACUUUUCUCCCAGUUUGCUGGUCCGCACCGAGCAGCAGGAAUAUGCUCAUGAAGGAGUACCGGAUCUGUAUGCCUUUGACAGUUGAAGAGUACAGAAUUGGACAGCUGUACAUGAUAAGCAAGCACAGCCAUGAGCAGAGUGACCGAGGUGAAGGUGUGGAAGUGGUGCAGAAUGAACCCUAUGAAGAUCCAAACCAUGGCAACGGUCAGCUAACAGAAAAACGGGUCUAUCUCAACAGCAAACUGCCUAGCUGGGCUAGAGCAGUUGUUCCCAAAAUAUUUUAUGUUACAGAGAAGGCUUGGAAUUAUUAUCCUUAUACAAUCACAGAAUACACAUGUUCAUUUUUGCCUAAAUUCUCCAUUCAUAUAGAGACAAAAUACGAGGACAACAAAGGAAGCAAUGACAGUAUUUUCGACAAAGAAGCUAAAGAUCUGGAACGAGAAGUCUGCUUCAUUGAUAUUGCCAGUGACGAAAUUCCUGAGCGCUAUUACAAAGAAUCAGAGGAUCCUAAAUAUUUCAAGUCACAGAAGACUGGGAGAGGCCAAUUAAAAGAAGGCUGGAGAGACACCCAUCAGCCAAUUAUGUGUUCCUACAAACUUGUGACUGUGAAAUUUGAAGUCUGGGGACUUCAAACCAGGGUAGAGCAAUUUGUGCACAAGGUGGUCAGAGAUAUACUAUUGAUCGGUCACCGGCAGGCUUUUGCCUGGGUUGAUGAGUGGUACGAUAUGACUAUGGAUGAUGUUCGAGAAUACGAGAAAAAUAUGCAUGAAAAAACCAACAUUAAAGUUUGCAACCAACAUUCAUCUACUGUGGAUGAAAUAGAGAGCCAUGCCCAAGCAAGAGUAUGUCAAUUUUUAAAACGUAUUGCCCAUCCUCAGCUAAUCCACCUGCACAGAUCAGAGAGGAGCAACCAAGUGAUCUUGCUGACCAGUCAGUGGAAUCUGGGGGAGGUUUUGCUUCAGCAGGAACAGAAGCUUUCUCCUGGAAGUGCAGUCCUGCCUUCCCUUUGCACUGUAAACUGCCACCGAUACAUGACAAUGGAUGAAGUCCGAGAGUUUGAACGAGCCACUCAGGAAGCCACCAACAAGAAGAUUGGGAUUUUCCCACCUGCAAUAUCUAUCUCUAACAUUUCCAUGCCUUCUUCAACCCGCAGUGCUCCAUCUAGUGCCCCAUCAACUCCUCUCUCCACAGAUGCUCCUGAAUUCCUAACAGUUCCCAAAGACCGGCCUCGGAAAAAAUCUGCUCCAGAAACUCUCACUCUUCCAGACCCAGCGAAAAAAACCCUUUAAAUUAACCCAGCAUGUUUCCUCCUGAUAAGCCAUGUCUGCCACAGCGAGAGUGAUGUAACUGAAUUUCUACAAAGGUCAUGGUGGUUUGUUGGUUGUUUUUUUGGCUUAAAAUAAUCUUACUGGUGUGGAAAGAUUACUUCUUUCCUCAGACUUGAUCCUUAAAACCUUCAGAGAAGUGCAUGCAAGAGAACGUAGUUUCUAUAUUCCUCAAGUAGUGUUUCAAGCCAUAUGGUGCAUCUUUACUGAUAUAGAAUGACAUAGUCUGAGGGGAACCCUAUAAAAGAAAUUAAAUCUUUCUGUAGCAGUAUUCUACCUACAGAUCCUCAUCUAGGUCAUAACAUUUAUAAUUAGGAGUAGGUAUUUAGUAAAGCUGCCAAGGACUUCUGAGGCAAAUUAGUGCCAACUAAAAUGCAUGGUUAACAGGAAAAAAACCCUCCCAUUUUCUUCUUUUAUAGCUGAUUUUAACAUCCUUCCUGCUCUCAGGCUGCUCCUGUGUAUUCAUAAACCUUUGACCUGUCACUCGUUGUACCUGAACACCAACAGCAAUCACUCGGAUUCACAUUUUGCUUAAUACGACUCAGGAUUUGGGGCCUACCUAACAAACACAAAUCUUUUCAAACCUAAAAUAUCACUGUAUUGAAGCCCCAAUUGUAAUUAAUCACACUGACUUUGAGGCCAUUGAACUAUUUCUAUCUUGCACAGAAUUUGUAAAAGAAACCACCUAUUUCUUGUAGAUAAUGUAUUUUAAUAGCUCUCCCCUGUCCUUUUGUGAUCUCUUAAGUCUGUAUUGGUGUUCAUCAAUGGUGUUCCAUAUGUAGGAUUGAAAGAAAGCAGCUAAAUUGAGCCAGCUGAGAAGCAAACCCAAUGGAUUCUGUCUUUUCCUCACUGCAAGAAGAGUGGUAGUUACGCUGUAAGACCUUGAAUGUAAAGGAACAAAAAGCUGAGUGUCCUUUUUCUUUCCUGCCUCGCACCUUUCCUGAACAGCACAAUCUCUGCUAACAGAAAGCUGGUUCCAGGCUCUACCAUCGGCUCUAGGGAAGGGGCGAACAAAACCAGUCCCUUUAAAAAGCUAAUGAAUCGCGGGGCGGCUCAGUCCCGGGUCGGGUGAUGUCAAGGAACCAGAAGUGCUCUUCCUGGUCUGCGUGUGAAAUCGCUCUUCAAUCUCAGGAAUUAAAAUGUAGAAAAGGACGUUUCCCAGUAGGGAAGCGUAGGUUGUGGAAGGAGGAGAAAAAUCAACGGCAGAAGCAGUCUCUUCCUUCCCUCUUUUUCAAAAUGUAAACUCCGUGAGAAACUUCCCCCAAAGCUGACCCCCAUUUGGGGGAUUUGUUCUCUUUCACACAAAUUGCUCUUUAACGAAGGCUGAGGGUCUCUCUCUCUACUGGUAGCUGCAGCAGACGUUUAAGAGGCGGCUGGUCAAUUCUCGGUGAAUGAUAGCUAUUGCCUGAAUCCUGACCAAAGUGGGUGCUAUUUUGUACCACCGGUGAGGCGGUACAUGGACACUGAACCAGAGAGUCCUCCAGAGCUGAACUAUCACCGAAUAUUGAACAACCAGUCUGGGGGUGGCCUUUUACCUGGGCGGGACGUUUGUGCCAUCUUCUCAGCGCAAUGCUGUGACUUGACUGGCUGAACUGCACUGAAUCUCCAUGGCUGUAGAUCCAGAAGUUAUGCUGAAUGUGUGAUAUUUAUAGUGUAGUUUCAGCAGCAGGAGAGGUAAUUCCACUGCCAGCCUGUGCUGAAGACAAGUGUGUAUUUGUUUGAUAGUUAAAAUCCCGUAGGUAGCGAAAUCCGGGAGCUCUUUGUAGGUUACCUGUGGUCUGACUUCGUGCAUUCUCCCACUUACCGUCCGUGUUUUGCUUUGCUUCUCUUCUCAGAGCUAGCGAUUCUGCGCGAUGCGUAAACUAAUGGGUGAUGAUUUUUUUGUUUAAAAAGAAGCCGCUGUAGUGAUGCAAACAAAACUUUCCUACAUUAGUUUAUUAUUUCAGCUUUAAAAGUGUGCAAUUAAGUAUUCAUGAUUAUAACUGGUCUAAUCUUUUUAUUAUUAUUAUUUAUGUAAUAGCAAGAUUGGAACAUUGCCAGAGAAGGGAAACUUUUGAAAUCAUAAAGCAUUGUUGGGUUGUUUUUUCAUUUCCUGAAUUUGACCUAUAUAGAAAUGGUUUAGAUCUGAUCUACCUAAAAAUCUAUUUUUCAAUUCAUUUUUUUCUUUGUCAGAGAAAAAUUUGCUCAGCUCUAGUCACAGUGCCCUUGUGCUUACAUAUUGCUGUUUCUAUAUACAUUUUGACACAGACGAUUAGACCAAAGCAGUCACACUUGUACUCAUAUUUAACUGGUUGAUUUCCAACCCCACGUGGAUACACCGAUUAUCAUAUUAAGUAGGUUUGGGGAUGAGGCCUGUAUGAAAAUUAUUAACAUACCUGAACAGGAUACAUCUUAAUAGCUGCACGACAGCGGCGUCGGAGAACGACACUGAUCAUGUCACGGGAAAAAUGACAGACUGCUUAACGCUGGGUCUGCAUCGGCACCUGCUGCUGCCGCCCCGGCGCCGGGCAGCGCUCUUCUUGGGAAUGACCAGGUUUACUGACACAACAGCCUGGCUUCACCGUGGGCCACAGGAAGGAUCACGAUCAGCCCCAGUGCCUCCAUGUUGCUUCCUGAGGAGGGCAAAUAAAAGAUCUGUAAUGUUGCAUCGCGGCGGAUGAGAAACACCCCAGGCUUUUCAUUGCCUAUUCAAGUACCUUCUGCUGCGUUCCGCUUUGCUUUCCCCGCCAGGCAUUACCCAUUUGGUCAAUCUGAUCUUUAUUUAUCUUUUUCCGUUUGGUUGGGUUUUGUUUGUUUCCUUUUUUAAGGUAGGAUAACUUUUUCUAGAAUAUUCCCAGCAAACACAGAAACCCACAAGAAAUGAAAUGCAAAGGAAGGUCUGACUACUUCAGGAUAACGUCUUGAGGCGAAGGCGUUGUUUUCAUUGCUGGUUUUUUCACAGUGCUUUCUGUUGCAUUUUCAAACAUGUUUAUCAGGAGAAAAGUAGAAAGCAUUUUGCAGGUGUUCAUCACUUCUUUUGCAAAAGUAAAUGAUGUGAUUAUUUAGGGAGUGCAGCAAAGCUGAGUGGGCACAGUAGCCCCUUCCUGUUCGCUGCCCCCGUGACUGGAGAAUUGCACGAUACAGCUCUGCCAGGCCCUGGCAAGGAAUCUUUCAUCAAGGAGAAUACAGUUCAGAGCAAAUAGUGUUUGUUUGUUUGUUUGUUUGUUUGGCUUUCUAUGAAAACCUUCUCCCAGCUUCCCUCGUACUUUUAUGUAUUUCGUAUAGAACAAUCAUUACAAAAUAACUGGCGAUUCACUGCAGUCUUUAGAAGGGUAGAUCUCCUAAUAAAUUAAAACAGGGAGGUAUCCAUAAAGACUACGAGGAGCAGCACAUUCCUGAAACACACACUUAAUGGGAUUUCUUAUGAAUGUAACGGUUAGUUUUGUAAAUGACUGGAUAAAUCCUAUGGAAAGAAACUAUUUGACCUUAUUCCUUGGCUCUUUUUUGAUUAUUCUGGAAGGUGAUUUUGUGGCAUCUAGUAGCCAAUUUGCAUUAAUGCUGCUGUAGAGAUUUUGAAAUGGAAAUAUUUGUUCCUUGAAUUUUAGUUUGUAACAAGACCGCUAUAUUUUGUUAAAACUGCUUUGAAGCUUGCUGCACUAUAACUUCAAAACAAUGUGCUAUCAUUUGAAAUAAGCCAAAUGUAUACGCUUUUUAUGAAUUAGUGAGUGCAGUAAGAGAGAAUUCACGAUCUUGUCAAUAGGAGCUUUUCUGUUUCCAUUGUUUGGACUUGGUUUUAUAUGUGUAAGUUAAAAUUGCUAAAUAAGUCUAACAAUGUUUUGCUUUAAAUGAACAGCAUGGUCCUCGAAUUACAAUCUCCGUAGUUUUGUGGUGUCACUAAAACAGGUUUCAUUGUUUUAUUUCAUUUCUGUGAUAAUCCCACAUGACUCUGAAUGUCCGGUAGUUCAUUUCUUCUCUUUAGAGCAGUGAUGGCUACAUUAGGCAGUACCUGGUGAUUAGGCAUCGCUGCCGCCAAAGAAGGACCAAGUUUUGAAACGCUCUGCAUGUUAAAUAAUGCAAGGCUCAGCAGGAGAAUUUGAUUGUCGUAUUUCUCAUUCAUAUAGCUCAGUUUCUGAUUUUACCAAGUUAUUUAUUGUUUUUAAUAUUGUAUUUUUCCUUGCAUUUUGUUGUAAAUAAACUACCAACAAUUAUUCUUUACAA